AUGUCCGGCAAGAUCAAAGCCAAAGAUCUGAGUUACGACAGUACACUCCCGCCAUUUUUGCAGAAGCUCCACGACAAAAAUGCUGGGCGAGGUGACACCGAUCGCCACGAGCGCCAGAUAGCCAGACCUCGUAAGACCCGUGAAGCGGACGAUGAGGAUGAGCCCACCGUGGUCGACGAGCACGGCGAGUUACUCUCGAGAGAAGAGCUCAAGUCUAUGAGUGACCGCGCACCUGAUGCGGAUGAACGUUCGGCCACGAUCGAUGCUGCUGCCAUCCCACCAGGGUCGACGGCAAAAGCCGAAGACUCUUCCAGGCCCAGCGUGGUCUCUAAUGUCGCCGCUACGUUCGCUCCGAAGAAGCGAAAGUUGGCAAAAGCGGUUGGUGAGAGCCUAGAUCGCGAUACUGAUGCCGCGGAUAACGACGACACAAUCUCGAAGACCGCGAAAAAGCCUAAAAAGUCGCGCAAGCCUAAGCUUGCCUUCGAAGACGAUGCCAGCUGA